CUUCAGCCUUUAAUGAUUUUCUCUUCAUCUGAGACGGAAACCAAACGCCACCUUUCCCUUCUGCAACCAAAGAUCGAACGAAGCUCUAUUUUCCCUUUCCUUUUUAUACUCUGUCCUGAGUCUUCACUCUCAUCUUGGUUUAUACCUCUUUUUCAAACAGAAUCUCCAUAUCUUCUCUUGAUUUUUCUUCCUUUUUCAACCGAUAGCACCGCACUUCCCUAGUCUCAAUUGCAGCAGGAAAUAUCGGCGUCCUUCACGACACCACCAUUCAACGUCGCCUCGAUUUUUUCCUCAAGCUCAUUGGCGCCAUUUUCUAUCCUUCCUCUUCUUCUAGAGCAACUGCAUCUCAUUUUCUUCUUCCACCAGCUGCCGCGUGCUCCUCUUCAUCUUCUUCAACACGGCUCGUGUUUAAGUAUACUUCUGCGAGUGACAAUAGUUAGACGCUUAACAACGAUCCUCGCACUUUUUGGGAUCGAGGUUUUUUUCUUCUGCGGUAGUACUGUAAUCUAAACCUUGGAAGAGCCACUUGCCUCUUGACUUAUUCUUUCAGGUUGGAGCUGAUAGACCUGCUUACGAAUUUUGCUAAAGGAUGGACAGAACAUCUCGGGGUAAAGAAAAAAUAUCACAGAAAAUGUCAAUAGGUAGUGAUUCAAGGCACUCUAAGUCCAAAGCAAAUUCAAGUUAUGCCUAUGUGCCAAAGAAACAUUCUUCCAAUAGAAGAGAUGGAUUAUUACAAACAGGAGGAUUUUGCCAGGGUGAAGAACUCCAUGAUGCCAAGGGCACUGGUUUCAGACAGGACAAAGGAUUUGUUUCACACUUAGUGCGGAAGGAUGAUAUCUUAUCAUCACCGUCUCAAUCUGGAUCUGUUAACGUACAGCUGAAUGCAAAAAUGAACAUGAGAGCAUCUCAAACUGUAGGGUUAGGGAAUGGCUCUGGAUUGCAUGGUGAGCUUAUCUACAAGGUUAAUGAUACCUGUCUGAAACCUGAGGAUGAUGCUGAUCUGCCCCAUAAAGGUAGGAUUACGGGCCAGUUGUCUCAAGAAAAGAAUCACAGGAAGUCAAUGGGUUUUCAUGACUCAAGUAACUCUAAGCAGCAGGCAGAAGUUGAUCCUUUUGAUAUUUGCAUGAUCAAUAAGAGUACUUUUACACUAAAACCAUCUCUCUUUGCAAAUAAUAGAGAAAAGAGGAAUCAAAUUAAGCACUCCAUUGAAGGACGAAAUGGAAGAGUAUUAAGAUCUGGAAUGGUGCUUCUGAAGAAAUUCUUAUCACUGGAUGAUCAGGUCAAUAUAGUGAAGGUAUGUCGAGAUAUUGGUCUGGGUGCUGGAGGUUUCUACCAACCAGGCUACCGUGAUGGAGGAAAAUUGCAUUUGAAAAUGAUGUGUCUUGGCCAAAAUUGGGACCCAGACUCUGGUCAAUAUGGAGAUUUUCGGUUGAUUGAUGAUGCAAAACCGCCCUCAAUUCCUCUUGAUUUUCUGCAGUUUGUUGAAAAUGCAAUAGGAGAUUCUCAUGCCCUUAUAGCAAAGAAUUCAGCCAAUGUAGAAGACAUACUUCCGUGGAUGUCACCAAACAUCUCUCCUGACUCUGAUUCUGAUUUGGAUUUGACAUCCAAUAAAGCUCGUUUCUAA